AUGGUUAAUGUGGGAUCUAAUAACAAUUCAGAUGAAUGUUCUAUCCAACCUUGUUCUAGCAGGGAUUUUUCAAAUUUUCUGGAAGAACGAAAUUAUGCUGAUUUGAAAUGUAUAAAGGGUAAAAGUAUUCGGGAGAAGUUCCAUGAGUUAUUACCUCCUAAUUAUUCCACAACUUCUCUCAAAUCUGAGCUCGAUAGUCGCAUUGAUCGUUUCAGAGAAUCCUGUUUACAACUGGUUGGAAAAGAUUCAGUGAAUAUCAAAGAGCUUGGUACAUGUGCUAUGUUCAUUUUGUUAGGAGAUAUGGGUGAACAGUUGAUGGAAUUAUCAAAUCGAGGUGUUUCUUUAGUGGACAUACCUCGUCAUUGUUCUGUCAAAAACUUAAAACCAAAAAUACUGAAUAAAAUUGGUGGUUCGGGUGCUGUUAAUGUUGAUACUGCUUGGACAGAUGUAUGCAAAUGUCUAGGUGGGAUAUUAACAUUUCAUCCGUUUAAAAUGAGCAACCAAGAUGAGUUUAAUCAACUUUUCCGCCAUUGUCGUGUGGUUUAUCAAAAUGAGGAGUAUAUCACAAAAUCUGUGACUAAUACUCAUAAACACAAGAAGAUUAUCAUGAAGAAUACUACAUAUAAAAAAUCCUCAGUGGUUCAUAAUGUGGAAAAAAGCGAUGUUGAGGCAACAAAAACAAACAAUUUUCGUGAUGCUGAAAUAACUGAUCCAUUAAGACGACUUCUUCUUACUCCACUCAUUGAACAAGAUCGAAAACGUAAUCCCAAUCAACCGGAAACCUCAUCUUCCACUCUCACUCCUACUACAUCCUCGUUACAAGCAACUAAUUUAAUCAAUUUAACAGAACGAUUAUCAUGUAAAGCUAAACAGUUAGAUAUUACAAAAGAACAAUUUAUUCAAAUGAUUUUUGAUAUUUUAACUUCAUCCAAAUCAAAUGAUCAAGUACAAGAAGAGUUAUUUGAAUUGAUUGGAUUGGAUUGUGUUGAUGUGAUUUUUGAUCUGGUCAAUCAACGUGCUGAAUGGACAAAUGUUUAUUUCAAAAUAGAAGGAUCUUCUGAACAGAACAAUGCAAACCAAUCGGAACAAAUUAUAAAUGAUAAUCAUACAAAUAAUUCUAAUAGUUCUUUGAUUGAACGACUUCUCACUGAUCCAUUGAUCGCAUCCAAUAUACGUCAAGCACGAAUUGAAGAGAAUGCAUUGAAAACAAUGGAACGUUUACGUAAAGCUUUGAAUAAUCGAUCAUCUGGCUCUCAGUCAAACGAUGAUGAUUUGCCUCAUGUGUAUGAUGCAUCCGCCAAACUGAGGAAAACUACUACAAUAACUGAUACUUCUAAACUUUUAUUACCGGAAAAUGUAAAGUAUAAACAAUUGCAAUUAUGUGAUCAAGUCGACUUUCCUUUAUCCACUAAACCACCGGAAGAUUUACUUGGUGUGAAACGAGUUAAAAUUAGUUCUUUAGAUGAUAUUGGUCAAAAGGUAUUUCAUGGUAUAAAAGAAUUAAAUUUAAUUCAAUCCGUUGUCUAUCCACUUGCUUAUCAUACAUCAGAGAAUCUAUUAAUCUCAGCUCCAACUGGUGCAGGUAAAACAAAUGUGGCAUUGCUUACCAUUGUUCAGUUACUUCGUACUUAUUUAAAAGGUGAUAAUGUUUUAGAUUUGAAAGCAUUUAAAAUUGUUUAUUUAGCUCCAAUGAAAGCAUUGGCAGCUGAAAUGGCUGAUACAUUUUCAAAACGUCUCAGUCCUUUAGGCGUGUGUGUUAGAGAAUGUACGGGUGAUAUACAAUUAAGUAAACAAGAGAUCCUUGAAACUCAAAUGCUUGUUAGUACACCAGAAAAAUGGGAUGUCAUUUCACGUAAAGGUACUGGAGAUGCUAAUUUAGUUAAAUUAGUCAAAUUACUUAUUAUCGAUGAAGUUCAUUUAUUACACGAAGAACGUGGUGCUGUUAUUGAAGCUUUAGUUGCACGUACUCUUCGACAAGUUGAAAGUUCACAAACAAUGAUUCGUUUAGUUGGUCUAUCAGCUACUCUACCAAAUUAUAUUGAUGUUGCUAGAUUUCUAUGCGUUAAUCUACAACGUGGUUUAUUCUAUUUUGAUUCACGUUUUCGACCUGUACCAUUAGCAAUGUCAUUUAUUGGUAUUCGUGGAUCAAAUCGUAAAGUUCAAGAUCUCAAUAUGAGUACAAUUUGUUAUGAGAAAGUUUUAGAACAAGUUAAACAAGGUGAACAGGUGAUGGUAUUUGUUCAUGCACGUGGUGAUACAUUUCGAACAGCUCGUGCUCUACGUACAUCAGCUCAACAAUUUGGUCAUAUGAAUUAUUUUAGAAAUGAUGAUAGUUCAGCUAUGAAGAUCUGCUUAAAGAAGAUACAAAAAUCAUCUGAUUCUGCAAUUAAAGAUUUAGUUCCUGAUGGUUUUGCUUGUCAUCAUGCUGGAAUGUUACGUGUUGAUCGUAGUCUUGUGGAAAAAUUAUUCGCCGAUGGUCAUAUACGUGUACUUGUUUGUACUGCAACAUUAGCAUGGGGUGUUAAUCUACCAGCGCAUGCUGUUAUCAUUAAAGGUACACGAGUUUAUAAAGCGGAAAAAUCCGAUUUUGUCAAUUUAGAUAUAUUGGAUGUUUUACAGAUAUUCGGUCGAGCUGGUCGACCACAAUUUGAUACUCAUGGUCAAGCUACAUUAAUAACUAAUCAUGAUACAUUAGCUCAUUAUUUACGUUUCAUUACAAAUCAAGGUCCAAUCGAGAGUAAUUUACUCACUAAUUUACAUGAUCAUUUAAAUGCUGAGAUUGCUUUAGGUACAGUAUCGAAUAUUGAUGAAGCUGUAACAUGGUUAAGUUACACUUAUUUAUUUAUACGAUUACGACAAAAUCCACUGCAUUAUGGAUUAACUACAGCUAUUCUUGAACGUGAUCCGGAUCUAGUUGAAUUCUUAGGACGUUUUGUACGUACUUGUGCUACUGAUUUAGAUUCUGCUGAAAUGAUACGUUAUGAACCAGCUACUGGCCAGUUAGCAUCAACAGAUCGUGGACGUACAGCGAGUUUAUUUUAUAUACGUUAUGCAACUGCAGCUAUGGUUAAAGAUGCCCUAGAACCAACAAUGAUGAUUCCUCAAAUAUUUACAAUGUUAAGUGAAGCAUCAGAAUUUGCAUCUAUGAAGGUACGUGAAGAAGAAGGUGUCGAAUUGAUUGAUAUUAAAAAUAAAGUUUGUCAUUUACCAAUUCAACAAGCUGGUACAGUUGAUACAGAUGUUGUAGCAAAAGUUAAUGCACUUUUACAAGGUUAUAUCAGUCGUCAUAUUCCUAGUUGUCAUUCACUUUCGUCGGAUAUGAAUUUUGUUCAACAAAAUGCUGGACGGCUAGUAAGAUAUUUAUUUGAAAUUUCAUUACGUCAAGGUUGGUCACAUUGUACUAGUGUAACAUUGACGUUGGCCAAGAUGUUUGAACAACGAUUAUGGGAUGGACAAAGUCCGUUGUGGCAAUUUGUCGAGAAUGGUAAACAACGGUUGAUUCAACGAGUUGAAGAACUCCAGUUUUCUGUUGAUCGUAUUCGUGAAAUCGAUGUCAAUGAAUUAGCCUAUCUAUUUCAUUAUCAAGGUAGAGAGGGUGCUCGAGAAAUACAACGUUUAGCUUUUUAUUUACCGAAAAUUCAAUUAUCCGUAGAAUCACAACCAAUUACACGUACCAUUCUACGUGUUAAACUUACAAUCCAGCCGGAUUUUAUUUGGUCAAAUCAAAUUCAUGGAAUGCAACAACCAUAUUGGAUAUGGAUUGAAGAUCCUGAUCAAGGUGUUAUAUUUCAUUCGGAAUAUUGGACACUGACUAAACGCAUGUACAAUUCAAAAACUGCACAAAUUUUGAAUUUCACCAUUCCAUUGUAUGAACCUUAUCCAACUCAAUAUUUUGUUCGUGUUCUUAGUGAUUGUUGGCUUGGAGCUGAUUCAACUUGUCCAGUUUCAUUGAAACGUCUCAUACUGCCUAGUAGUGAUCCACCUCAUACAGAUUUACUUCGUUUACAACCAUUACCAGUGACAGCGUUGAACAAUGCCAAUUAUGAAUUAUUAUAUAAAUUUUCACAUUUUAAUCCAAUACAAACACAAUUAUUUCAUACAUUAUAUCAUCAAAAUGUUAAUGUUCUAUUGGGUGCACCUACUGGUUCCGGCAAGACUGUUGCCGCUGAAUUGGCUAUUUUUCGUGUAUUCAAUGAAUAUCCAAAACAAAAAUGUGUAUAUAUUGCUCCAUUAAAAGCACUUGUACGCGAACGGAUUGAUGAUUGGAAUAUUCGAAUUGGUCAAAAAUUAGGGAAACGAGUUGUCGAACUAACCGGCGACAUCACUCCAGACAUUCAACAAUUAAUACGAUCUGAUUUAAUAGUUACUACACCGGAAAAAUGGGAUGGUAUUUCACGUUCAUGGCAGCAUAGGUCAUAUGUUCGUCAAGUUGCAUUAAUUAUUAUUGAUGAAAUCCAUUUACUUGGCGAAGAACGUGGUCCUGUACUGGAAGUUCUUGUUUCUCGAGCUAAUUACAUAGCAAAUCAACUUGGUCAAUCAAUUCGAAUUGUUGGUUUGUCUACAGCAUUAGCUAAUGCACCUGAUUUAGCUGCCUGGUUACAUGUUCCAUUCACAAUGACUUCUAUUGCAGAGAUUGCUUCUAUAACUGAAACUGGUUAUGGAUUAACUGGUAGAGGUUUAUUUAAUUUUCGACCAUCUGUUCGACCAGUUCCAUUGGAAGUUCAUAUACAAGGUUAUCCCGGUAGACAUUAUUGUCCACGUAUGGCUACUAUGAAUAGGCCAAUUUUUCAAGCAAUUCAUAGUCAUUCCCCGAAUAAACCUGUUCUUAUCUUUGUAUCAAGUCGUCGACAAACUAGAUUAACCGCUUUGGAUUUGGUUAGUUAUGUUGCAGCUUCCGACAAUCCCAAAUGUUGGUUACAUAUGAAACCAGAAGAAAUGGAAUCACUAUGUGAAAAUAUACAAGAAACAAAUUUACGUUUAACUUUAACAUUCGGUAUUGGUUUACAUCAUGCUGGUCUACAGAGCCAAGAUCGUUCAUUAGUGGAAGAGUUAUUUGCAAAUCAAAAAAUACAAAUUUUAAUCGCUACUUCAACAUUAGCUUGGGGUGUAAAUUUCCCAGCUCAUUUGGUCAUUGUUAAAGGUACUGAAUAUUAUGAUGGAAAAACUAAAACCUAUGUGGAUUAUCCGAUUACAGAUGUUCUACAAAUGAUGGGACGUGCUGGACGUCCACAAUUUGAUAAUCAAGGCAAAGCUGUAAUUAUGGUGGAAAAUUCAAAGAAAACAUUUUAUAAACGAUUUCUUUAUGAACCAUUCCCAGUGGAAAGUUAUUUACUACAAGUACUACCGGAUCAUUUAAAUGCGGAAAUUGUAGCUGGUACAAUCACAACUAUGCAAGAAGCUUUAGAUUAUUUAACAUGGACAUUUUUUUUUCGACGUUUAUAUUCAAAUCCAUGUUAUUAUGGUUUAGAAAGUUGUGAAACACAAUCAGUGAAUAGUUUCCUAUCCGGUCUUAUUACAAAUGCAUGUGAUCAAUUACAAGAUUCUUCAUGUUUACAAUAUAAUCGAACUGAACACAAUCAAUAUGUAUUGAUGCCAACUACACUUGGUCGUUUGGCAUCGUAUUAUUAUUUGUCACAUUUAACAAUGAAAUUAUUUACUACAACACUUCAGUCCACAUCAAGUAUACAUGAUUUAUUGAGAAUAUUAUCAAGUGCACAUGAAUACUUUCUCUUACCUGUUCGACAUAAUGAAGAUGAAAUGAAUAAACUAUUAGCGGAUGAAUUACCUUUACCACCUAUCGGUCCAAUGGAUUCUCCGCAUACAAAAACACAUUUAUUAUUUCAAGCGCAUUUUUCUCGUAUUCAAGAAUUGCCAAUUAUUGACUAUCGUACAGAUACACAAUCAGUUUUAGAUCAAGCUAUUCGUAUAUUACAAGCCAUGUUAGAUGUUAGCGCUGAAUGUGGUUGGCUUCGUACAUGUCUAAAUUGUAUCAUUUUAAUGCAAAUGAUUACACAGGGCUUAUGGGUUGAAGAAUACGCUAGUAGUAUUUUACAAUUACCAAAAAUAACCAGUGAACAUUUGGAUUAUUUCAGAUAUGCUGAUUGUAAAAAUAUCAGUUCAUUACCUGAACUCAUUCAAAUUAUAUCUGAUUCACCUAAUCUAUUGGAUUCCAUGCUACAAGGUCAUGUUGAAUCACGUGUGAUCAAUCUUGUUAAGCAGACGAUUCGACGUCUACCGAUUAUUGAAAUACGCUCAUGUUUAGUUGGUCCUGAUCCAUCUGUCUCAUUGUCAUCAUCAAUUAAACCAUCUCAAUCGAUUCGAGUAUUUACAAUAAAUAACACUGGACAUAGUUCAAAUUGUUUGGAUGUAUAUGCUGAAACAGAAUAUCUUCUUCGUAUACAAUUAAUACGUUCUUCAAUUGAUCAUAUCAAUGGAAAUAAGCCAGUUAUGACUGGACCUUUAAUCAAAUCAAAAUCCUACGAAGGUUGGUUUCUUCUAUUGGGCAAUUGUGAAGUCAAUAAAAAUCAUGGCGGUGAAUUAAUCACAUUGAAACGUGUACCACCACAAUCAAUGACAUUGUUGAAAAAAGAUAAAAUGAAUUCAAUGAAAAUUAGUCGAAAACAUUUUAUCAAUUUAAUGGUAAAAUUCCCACCUCCGAUAACAGCAUCAUCAUCAUCAUCAUCAUUAAUACACAAUACUUAUGCGUCUACUGAUCAUUAUCUUGAAGCUACUAAUAGACAACGUUAUCAAUUAACAUUAUACUUAAUGUCUGAUACUUAUUUAGGUCUAGAUCAACAAAUUGAAUUAUAUUUUGAUGUAAUUUGUAAACCAUCAUCUAAUCACAUCAAUGAAACUAUUGAUAAUGUUGAUGAUGUUGAUGUUGAUGAUGAUGAUGUUGAUGAUUGUAUUGUUAAUUCGAAUGUACACAAAGAUUACUGCUGAUGAUGUUCAAAGCAGAACAUGUAUAUUUUCAUAUAUCUAUGUGUGUGCAGUGUGUGUGCGUGUGUCUGUGUGUGUAAAUAUAAUUUGAAUUAUUUUGGUUGACU